AUGAAUAAAGACGUGAAGCAUAACCGUACCCCUAAACGUACACCAAUAACUGAAGACUACGAAAUCACGAAGCAGGUUUUGGGUCUAGGCAUAAACGGCAAAGUGGUUGAAUGUUUCAAUAGGGCUACAAAAGAAAAAUUUGCCUUAAAGAUACUUGUGGAUAGCGUUAAAGCCAGAAGAGAAGUUGAUUUACAUUGGCGUGCAAGUGGGUGUCGUCAUAUUGUUAAUGUCAUUGACGUUUAUGAAAAUACUUACAACAAUAGUACAUGUUUGCUCGUCGUUAUGGAAUGUAUGGAAGGAGGAGAACUAUUUCAAAGAAUACAAGAUAGACCAGAUGGCGCAUUUACUGAGAGAGAAGCAGCGCAGGUUAUGCAUGAAAUUUGUAUAGCUGUGAAAUACUUACAUGAUAAUAAUAUUGCCCACAGAGAUUUAAAACCAGAAAAUUUGUUGUAUUCAAAAAAAGGCACUUAUGGUGUACUUAAAUUAACUGACUUUGGCUUUGCUAAGGAAACGCUAAUAAAAGACACUCUUCAAACACCAUGUUAUACCCCGUACUAUGUUGCUCCUGAAGUGCUAGGACCAGAAAAAUAUGACAAAAGCUGUGAUGUAUGGUCAUUAGGUGUGAUUAUGUAUAUUUUGUUAUGCGGUUUUCCCCCGUUUUAUAGCAAUCAUGGUCUUGCUAUAUCGCCUGGUAUGAAAAAUAGAAUACGAAUGGGGCAGUACACUUUCCCCAAUCCAGAAUGGCAAAACGUUAGUCAGGAUGCCAAAGAUCUUAUAAAGGGCAUGCUUAAUGUCGAUCCUGCUAAACGUUUUACUAUAGAACAAGUAAUGAGCAACAGAUGGAUUGCUCAAUACACGGCAGUUCCCCAAACUCCACUACACACGAAUAAAAUGUUAAAGGAGGGUGUAGAAAUGUGGCCAGAAGUGCAGGAAGAGAUGACACGUUCGUUGGCAACGAUGCGUGUAGAUUAUGACCAAGUACAAAUAAAAACAUUGGAAAAUUCCAAUAACCCUCUCUUAAAUAAACGUCGUAAGAAAACGUCAAAUACAGUUAAAUCAUAAACCUGUCCCUAGUUAAAAUAUCUCCAUUUUAAAUAAAUCUAAAAUAUUUGUUUAAUUAUUAGUGAUUUAUAAAAUCAUUUUCUUUAAUUCUAGCUCAUUGACUUCAUUGAAUCGAAGGCAUUUAUAUAGAAAAAAGUAUUCUUAAUUUGUUAUUUUUAUGAUCAACGAAUUUAGAUGUACUCUAAACUAACUUUAUAUUUAAAGUCAGAUAGACAAUUAAAAUUUUCAUGAUUAUUUUAAAAAUUACGUAGAAAAAGAUUUGUAUUAUUUGAGCACAAAAUCCGUUUGUAAAUGUAUUUAUUUUUGUGCUCUGAUUUUUAAUGUACAUCACUUAAAUUUAAGUAUACUUAUAGUAAUUAUAAAUGUAUUAUAACGCUAAAACAGAUGCCAAGGCGCUUUUUUUGCAAGCGCUAUUCGCAAAUUUAUUUUACUGUUAUAAUAUCAAUCCUAAUGCUUAACUAUACAAUACAAACUUGUGGUUUUUAUACAAAGUAUAAGGAGAAUUGUGUAAAUUAUACUUAAAUAACUUUAUUGACAAAACAUAUUUAUUCUUUUUAAAUAAUUAAACAAUAAUUAUAGGUGACAACUGAAAAUUGAUUUACAUGAUAUUAAAAUAAGUUUGUACAAUUUUUCCUUUUGAUCAGAGUAAUAGUUAAGCAUUUUAAAGACAAAAAUAUUGUGCCUUACUAAGUAAAUUUCUAAAUGUCGUUAGUGUUCUUCAGUUUGUUCAGUAUUUUUGAAAAAGGUACAAAAGAGAUAAAUUUUUGUGCAUGAAUGUUUUCGAAAUUCCAUUUAUACAUCGAUCUGUUUUGCAAGUUCAAUUAAAUAUGGUUUGUGUUAUCACAGUAACACAGUAAAAUAACAUCCUUUGUGGUCAGAUUUGUUUUCCUGUAAAUUUUUAAGAAUGUAACCAUUUAUACAUGAAUAUGUAACAUAUUUUUUCUCAACCUAAAUUAUUUUCUGUUACGUUUUGAUUUAUUUUUAUGUCUGUUUAAAAUUUGUAAUGUCAAACAACUUGCCUCUGACAAAAAUAUAAAAUUACUAGUGAUAGAGAAAAAGGACUUUUCCACUAAUAUACUACAAAACAUCAAUUAUUUUUCCUGGAAUUUGCUCAGUGUUAACAAAAUAGUCCUGAAAGAUCCAUAUUAAAAAUAGAAUGCUUAUUGUUCCUAAAAUUGUAGGUUGUGAGUCCAAAAGUUAUUUUUAAAAUGUUAAACACCGUUAAUUAAGUACAUAUUUAAGAUAUUUCAUUGGUGCGAUUAUUGAGCAAUAUACGAUACCAAACAGUUUGUGCGCAAUUUUACAAAGAAAUGUAUAAAAAUAUAUAUUCAGUAUUGGUGCUAUAUUUACCAAUUUGAUGUCAAAAUUAAUUGUCCUUUUGUUACUGUAAGCUAGUAUAGUACCAAACUUUAAAAAAUGUAUACAAGAAAGAAAAGAAAAUAUAUAUGAUGUUUUUAAGGUAUGUUAUUAGUGUAUACUAUUUAUAGAAGUUAUAUGUCCUUAACAGGUUUUCACAUUGAAAUUAAAAUUUUACCUUGUAAGUUUUAAAUAGAGCUAGUAUUCAUUUUUAAUAAUUUACAGCCCUUCAUUGUUAUACAAACGAUAAGUUUGUUAUUGCAAAACAAAAUAUACUAGUGAGAACUG